CUCGUUCAGUGCUGUUGUUGACGUUCGCCUGUGGUUGCCUGUGGAUCGGAGCAUGUUCGAGCAGCAUGGUGGUUUCGGGUUCACUUGCAGCCCCAAUUUGGAUUCCUAAAGGGACAUCCAGGAAUGACAUGCAGAAAAAGGUCGGGACCGCUUGGCGCUCCUGAGCGCUCCUCGCGGUCAGAUGAACCAAAUCUGUACACUGUGCCAACACGACUAGAGCGCAUCAGCAGGCCUCCGUUGGUACCAGUCGGCUGAAGAAUGAGGAAGCACAACCCCGUUGGCGAUCGAAAAGGGUUUGUUUCACACCCACGCAAGCCAUUUGUAAAUUAAGCCGCUUUCUUGGUUUCAGAGCUGCGAAUCAGAAUUUCCGAGCGUCUUUGCAAAGACGAAGACUGCUUUGGAGCGUCAGACGAUCGCCGUUGUAUGACCAGCAUUCAGCCGACCUUUCAGGCCAAUGAGUGGCCAAUUGCUUUCGCCACUUCAGGGGUACUAUCCUGCUCCUCCUACGUGAUGUUUCGAGGUGUGUGGGCGCUGAUCUUCGUGGUGCAUCUCGCGGUGCAUAUGUACCUUUACAUUUAUCUGAGGGGUGAGGGGCUGUACUACUUCAUGUUCCAAAGCCGGCAAGCCUUCAUCUUGCAAACUGUGACCAUGGUGCAACAGUUCGUGGCGGCGCUGGCCGGGCUGCCAAAGCUUCCCCGCAGCAGCGAUACGGUGGAACCUCUGUGGGUCCGAGCAGUGGUCCUCAUCGACUCCUACGUCCAACCACAGGCAUUUGGCAUCACUUACAUCUAUUGGGGAUGGAUGGGCUUUGCGCCGGCAGAGAUGAUGGAUGAAGUAGAGCUCAAGCCAGUCGUUGACUACUUGGAUGCCUUCAUUCACGGCAUCAACUGGGCUUUAUUGCUGGUCAGCUUCCUCCUGAGUCGAAUUCCCUUCAACUGCUCUAGCUUGGGCGCGGGCCUUCUUCUUGGCUCUGUGUAUGUCUUGUGGACCUAUGUUCACUACCGCCUGGAAAUUGGCACGCCCUUCGAUUGUGAUGAGUAUCCUUUUCAGCGAGAAAGAUGUCCCUUGUAUGAUGCCUUUGAUUGGAACGAACCAUGGAGAGCCUUGCUAUUUGUUCUCUUGGCUUAUGGAUUAACCGCGCCCAUCAACACUUUGUCUUAUGUGGCCUUGGCCUAUGGCCGGAGCCGCUGUUGCCCGGAGAAGGCCACGGAGGAGAAGGUGCAGCUUCUGGAAGAGGAGAGACCUGCCGAGCCUGAAUUCCAGAAGCCCUGCUGCUGCGGCUGUGGAUGAAACCGUCACAGAUGGCACCAAUGCCCAGAGAUCAUGUCGAG